GGAGCUGAGCAUGAGGCGCCCCACGGAAUUCCCAGAAUUUCCCUGCCCGGAAAAUUCCCCCGGAUCCCCGGAAGAUUCCGGAGGAGGCUCCGGAUCCGCCUGGAAUCCAGAGGAUGCCGGGCCGGUGCUGAGGCUGCGCCUGCCCCGAGACCACCCCCGGGGACCCCCGGCCCAAACAGAAGCCGGUGGGAAGGAGCUUCGCCAUGGUGGCCAAGAGGUCGGACCCGGGAAUUCCUUGGCCUCGGAAUGCGUCAAAUCCAAGGACGGCGACGAGGAGAUCAUCAAGGUUUAUCUCAAGGCUCGCGCUGACCCCGAGGAGCCGCUGACGCCGCUCGAGAGCGAAGGGCGGCACGGCCACGAGGCUGGGAGCGCCCUCAAAAAACUCCGGGAAGAUUUGAGCACCAAACUCCAAACCCGGACGGAAUUUCGGGAAUUUGGGGAAUUUUGGGAAUUCCAGGGGAGCUCUGAGGUGGGGCUGGAGAAACGGAACCGGAGCUGCUCCUGCCGGGGAAAUUCCCGGGAAAAACCGGAGGAUCCCGAGGCCCCGCAGCUCCUGCGGAGGCUCCAGGAGGCGGAAAAGCGGCACCAGCGGGAGCGGAGCGGCCUGGAGGGGGCGCUGCUGCGGAGCCGGGAGGACGCCGAGCGGAGCGAAUUCCGCGCGCGGGCCGCGCGCGGAGACGGAGGCGGAGCAGCUCCGGAGGCUCCUGGCGGACAUGGAGAAGGAUCACCGGGAUCUGCUGGCGCGGAUGGAGUCGGGACAGGCGGAGCUGGAGCGGCUCCGGAAGGAGGAAGGGGAGAGAGCAGCACAGCAGGAGCGCUCAUCCCAGCUGGAGAAGGAGGUGGCAGCGCUCCGGGAGAAAAUCCAUCACCUGGACGACAUGCUCAAGAGCCAGCAGCGCAAAGUCCGCCAGAUGAUCGAGCAGCUGCAGAAUUCCAAGAGCGUGAUCCAGGCCAAGGACGCUGCGAUCCAGGAGCUGAAGGAAAGAGUUUCCUACCUGGAAGCAGAGAAUCUGGAGAUGCACGACCGGAUCGAGCACCUGAUCGAGAACCAAGUGAGCCGGGGCGGGAGCAGCGCCCGGCCUGCGCGCUCCAAGUCGGAAUACGUCAGCAGCAAACGCCUCCCGGGCCCCAAGCCGCUGCCCCUGAUCCGAGUGGUGGAAACCUGAAUUUCGGGAUCCGGGCCCAGCCGGAUCCUUCCCCUUCGGAAAGAUCGGAAUUCCCAGCUGGACUCAGAGCCCUUCCCGAGGGAAGAGGUUUGGGAUUGCCAUGGGCACGAUUCCAGGUCGGAAUCUGGCAUUUUCCCCCUUUUUUUCCCCAGCGAUUUUCCAGCUCUCGCCAUCCCCGUGUGGAUUCCAGAGGUUUUUUCCCAACCGAAUUUAGGACUUCACAUUGGUUUUUAUUUUUUUUUGGUUUUUUUUGAGGAGUUUCCAAAUCAAAAUCUCGGCUUCUGAUUUUUUUUUUUUUUUUUUUUUUUUUUUUUUUUUUUUUCUUUUUUUUUUUUUUUUUUUUUUUUUUUUUUUUUUUUUUUUUUUUUUUUUUUUUUUUUUUUUUUUUUUUUUUUUUUUUUUUUUUUUUUUUUUUUUCUUUUUUUUUUUUUUUUUUUUUCCCUGAAGAAAAAUUCCAAAAAAUCUGGGAGCCGCCAUCUCCGACCUCCAGCACCACACUUGGACUUGGAAAAUGCUCUCCCAACCCUAAAAAUUCCAUGUUUUUCCUGCAGAAUCCUGUGGUUUUUCUCACAGAAUUCCAUGCUUCUCCUGCAGAAUUCCAUGCUUUCCCCCCCCCACCCCCCCCAAAUGAUUAUUGUUGGAAUUCCCGCGAUUUUGGGAUUUUAUUCCCUGUAUUUAUUUCCCUAAAUUAUCAGAGUCUCCCGGUGAGGUGGGGGAUGGGCACAGGCCGGAAUUCCUGGGAAUUUUGGCCCAGGACUGCCCCAAUCCCACGUUUGACCCCAGAGGCUCCAACCGGGAUCCCUUGGGAUUCCCUUGGAAUUUUUUAAUUCCUGGUUUUCUUAUUAAAAAUAAAAAAUUCUGUCUGCUUUAAA